AUGAUUCCUUCCUCAAUAGCUGAGCCUGUCGAGAUCAAGAAUCGUGACAAAGCACCAAAUAAUAACGCUCCUGAUUCCUAUAAUAGAACUAACAAUAUAAACCGACUUACUUCUCCCCCACAAGGGCAAAAUAUUCAAUUAUCUAAAUCUCAACCUAAGCUUAGCACUCAAAAUAAACUUGGUUCCUCUCCUAAUCCUAAGCUUCAUUUGAGUACCUCAGGUGGUUUUGGAAGGUCUUUCGGGUCUUUGGAACCUAAUUUAGAGGCGAAUGCCAUCGAUAUUCCUGAUGAAAGAAAGGUAGAGAUAAUCAGAAAGCACCUCGUCACCGGGGAAGAUCUUGCUAAUAGCUCUGAAAAUAGUGGUAGUUCAACAGAUCCGCUUACCCUUUAUUCAACAUCACAUCAUAAGUUGCGUGGAUUAGAUGCAACACACGAGGUUUAUAAAUGGCAUAACAGUAUAGAAAUUGAACCUAUGAGACGUACUCGUUCUCGUUCUUUAUAUUUACCACGACCAACUGAUCCAGAUACAUCUAAUAUCAGGGAACCAGGCGGAUUUCGCCGUUAUCAUCUUCUGAUGAAGGCAAGGCAGGAAGGCAAAGAACUACCUAACAUUAUAACCCGAAACUUUAUCGAUUUUCUUGCGAUGUAUGGCCAUUUUGCUGGUGAAGAUUUGUCGGAUGAUGAAGAGGAAGAAGAAGAUAUUGUUACUGAGAUAACUCCAUUACUUCCAAGAGAAGGACUUUCCUCUCACGCAAAUGCAUCACCUUCGAAAGCCGUAUUUUUACUUUUAAAAUCGUUUGUUGGCACUGGAGUUAUGUUCUUACCGAAGGCGUUUUAUAAUGGUGAUAUCGGUGGCGCAUUGUACGGUCGUUGGAUGAGACUUGCUGUUCUAUUCUCGAUAACACUUUCUCAGAUCGGAUUCGUUUGCGCCUACAUGAUUUUUGUUGCCGAAAAUCUUGCUUCAGUUACUAGCUAUUUUACACAUAUUGAAAAUUUAGAUAUAUCUUGGUUUAUUGUGGGACAAUUGUUUAUUUUCGCGCCAUUAGCCAUGAUUCGUCGUAUAUCUAGAUUGUCUUUUACAGCAUUGAUUGCGGAUGCAUUUAUUAUGCUUGGACUAUUGUAUUUAUAUUAUUAUGAUAUUUAUCGACUAUCAUCAAGUGGCGUUGGUGAAAUCGCAGCAUUUAAUCCAGUGGAUUUCGCUUUAUUUGUUGGCACUGCCGUUUUUACUUUUGAAGGGAUUGGUCUAAUCAUUCCAAUAACCGAAUCUAUGAAAGAACCAGAAAAAUUUCCCAAAGUUUUAACUGGUGUUAUGAUAUUCAUUACUAUCAUUUUCACGUCAAUUGGUGUUUUAUCUUAUGCCGCUUUCGGUAAAGACGUGAAGACUGUAGUCAUUCUAAAUUUACCUCCUAAUGAUCCUAUGGUUCGAAUUGUUCAAUUGCUUUAUGCUUUGGCUAUUCUCCUUUCUGUGCCUUUACAAUUGUUUCCGGCCAUAAGGAUCAUGGAGCAAGGUAUAUUCGAAAGAAGUGGCAAAGAUAACCUUAUGGUGAAAUGGCAGAAGAAUUUGUUUCGAUUCUUAACUGUGAUAGUUUGUGCAUUAAUUGCAUGGGCUGGCGCAUCCGACUUGGAUAAAUUUGUUUCAUUAAUUGGAUCAUUUGCUUGGUAA